AUGAACGAAGCCGAAUGCGCGCUUGACCGGAGCGACGAUGUGACUCCUGGACUGCUUUUUAAUUUAACGGACGGCAAGCCAUUCAUAAUCGGCAGCAAGAGCACGCAGGGCAAGAACUGGCGCACCUCAUCCCGCUACUUCGUGGGUCCGGGCCACUACUUUGCCAACUUCAUGGUGCAGCUGCCCUUUGUUUUCCCGCGUGCCGUGCUGCCCAAGUUCCGAGACCACGUGGGGCAGCUGCACGGGCGCAAGUUUGGUGGGAGCUUCGACGCGGCGUUCAAGUUCUGGUCGAUCCGCGGGCCCAUUGCGGAUCGGUCGCACGUUGCACACACGACUCUCGGGAACUACAUGUGGUUCUUUGCCAACGACUCGGCACAUUGGGCCUUCGAGUGGGAGUCUCGAACGCCCAUCCCGCGCGUUGGAGUGCACAUCCCCCAUACCCACGAGUUCCGCAACGCCUCUGGCCCCGCCGCCGGCCCUCCCCAACGACUCGUGAAAACUUAUGUCGAUUUGACUGGCACGUACGCGCAUGAGGGGCUGUGUAACGCAUUUCCGGAGGGGGAAUUGGCUCAUUGCGAGGACGCGUCGAGGGAGCAGGGACAGAUUUGGAGGUACGCGCUGAGCGGGAGUGAGUGGUCGAUUUUCCAGAGCGGGACAGUGAAUGGGACGGUGAUGCAUGAUGAUUAUAAGUGGGAGUUGAAGUGUAUGUAUGAGCGCGUGGUGGGAGCGAAGACAGGGGAGUGGAAAGGGGAUGUGGAGGGGAAGCGGCAGGAGCUGGAGCUGCUGUCGCUAUAUGACGAAGCUUACCGCCCGCUGUGGCCCGCACGGGUGGACCUGGUGGUGCGCAGCUACGUGUCGGACAACUUCUUCCUCACGGCGUUCCUCUUUGCCAGCAUCGAGCAGAUGUGGCCAGCUGGCAUUGGUGACGUCAUCCUGGUGCUGGAUGAGGCCGACCGCCACGUGGAGGACAUUGUGCCACCCUGGGUCAAGAUUUAUUAUGAGAAGAACGUUUUGGAUUUGCCCGGGAAAAUACUUCAGCAGUGGAGCUACCUGUGGGCCGACAACUACACCACCGCACCUUACAUUGCCAUCAUAGAUGAUGACGUCAUCUUCAACCUCAAGGUGACCCCAGGACUGCUGUUCAACCUGACCAAUGGCAAGCCGUACGUGAUAGGCAGCAAGAACACGCAGUCAGACAACUGGAAGCCGUCCUCCUACUACUUUGUCGGCCGCUACCACGCCAACUACAUGGUGCAGCUGCCCUUUGUCUUCCCACGAUCCGUGCUGCCAGAGUUCAGAAGGAGGGCAGCCAAGCGGCACAAGAAGGACUUUAAUGCGGCUGUCAAGUACUUUGCAGAUCACGGGCCAUCCUUUGCCAAGACACAGAUAGCGCACACAACACUCGGCAACUACAUGUGGUUCUUUGCCAAUGACUCU